AUGGCUACCAAAAGUAUCGAAGAGAUCCGUUCUCACUCCCCCAGCCCUUCAGCUCCGGGUUUGGGCCAAUGCAUUGGCAAUCCUUCCCCAUUGGCUAUGGGCACCUUCGCCACUACGCUUCUCACUUUGUCUUUAUCCAUGAUGGGCUUCCGUGGAGUUGAGACUCAGACUAUCUUCAUUGGCAACCUUUGCUUCGCUGCUGGCCUUUGCAUGUUUGUCUCUGCUCAAUGGGAGAUGGCCCGAGGCAACACCUUCGGCUACUCUGCCUUGAGCGCCUAUGCUGUUUUCUAUGGUGGUUACGGCGUCAUACUAUGUCCAUCACUUGGGGUCCUUGACUCUUAUGGCGGACCGACAGCCGAGUAUCACAAUGCAUUGGGAUUCUACGUUCUGAUUUGGGCAGUCUUGACACUGUUUUUCAUGCUUGGAUCAGCUCCCAUUAAUCUGGUUUCAUUUGGCAUUUUUACCACUAUCUUCUUUUGCUUCACCCUCGACGCGGCCUCCAACUUCGCCCAUGCUGAUGGAAAGCUCGAGGUUGCAAAGAACCUCAUGAAAGCUGCCGGUGUCUUUGGCUUUGUCUCCGGUCUCUUGGGAUAUUACAGCUGUGCAGCCGCUAUGUGCGCUGAUGCACUUCCAUUUGAGCUGCCUUGCGGGGACACGUCAAGAUUCUUUAAGAAGAUUCGCAAACAAUUGUAA